CACCGCGGCGCAGUCGCGCAAGGCAUCACGGGAUCAGGUGUUCAGCGAGAAAGGCCAAAAUGGCGGCACUGGUGGAAGGGAGUCAAUAUGGUCUGUCUUCACAGGGGAAUUACUCGAAAAAUAAAACGCUCAUAUUCGUGAAACUCACAGAUUCGGCGCUCAGAUCCAUUGAGGAAUAUUUAAAGUACAAGGGUGGCUGCAGUCAGAAGCCAUCAAUACAGUUUGGAGGCAACCAAGGGGUGAUAACGGUGCCGCGGCCGUCGCAUGGGGGUGGCCAGCCCCAGCAGCAGCAGCAGCGGUUCGGCUUCGGGGUGUCCACGCUGGAGAAGGAUGCGCCCCAGGGCAGCUUCGAGUGCGUGCAGCAGAUGGGUCACAGGGCCCUGGAGUCUCUGGGCUGCCUGCUGCACAAGAUGCAGAUCCACGCAAGCGAAGACAGCUACGAGAAGACCAGGGUCAAGAUGGCCACCGUCGAGCAGGAGAGCAAGAAGAACUGUACCAAGGUAAUCAAGGUCACGUCACCGUACGUAGGGCGCAAGGUGAAGGUAAAACGGCCGCAGCUUACGGUCCCGCCCCGGCAGUCGUCCUCUUCGCCCCCGCGCAUCACGUUCGGCAAGCCCGUGGGCCAGAACCACACCUCCAACCCCACCCCCGAGAGCCGGUCAGGCAUCGUCCGGCGGUCCUACAGAGAAAGGGUGAUACACCUCCUCGCGUUGCGGCCGUACAAGAAACCCGAGCUUUUGGCGAGGCUCAUGAAAGAGGGCAUCAAGGAGCAGGAUCGCAAGGGCCUGACGGCGGUGCUGGGCCAGGUGGCAGUGCUAAAGGACAAUGCAUACUGCCUGGCAAGGCACGCCUGGAACCAGGUGUGCGACGACUGGCCCUUUUACACCCCCGAGGAGCAGGAGCUGCUCAAGAGAAUGCGGCCGCACAACUUGACCCCUCCGAGCGAAAACGGCCACCACUCGCCCUCUGCCCUCCUGCACAACAACAGCAACGGCAACAGCAACCACCACAACAACAACCACCACCACCACCAUGGCACGCCCCGCACAUCUCCAAACGGACAGAAACGGGAACCAAAUCCGGAGACGGGACCGACGCUCCCUGGCAGCAAGCGACAGCGGAUCAGCUUGUGCACCACCAACGGUGGCAGCAUCAACAACGGCAGCACCAACAACACCUCGAUCACCAACGGGAGCGCUCUUGGGACGACCAGGCCCCCGCACUCCAGGGUCCUGGCAGAAUCUAAUUCGGGGAACCAGCCCUGCCGCACCCAGCCCUCGAUCCCCUCCUCAGAGCCCUCGGUGCCCUUCGCCUGCCAUUCCAUCCCAGACUGCCCGGAUUCCCCGGAUUCCAGAGACUCUCGGGACUCUAGGGACUCUGGUGAUCUACAAGCUGCAGGGAUCCCAUCUACAAAUCCAUCGCCACGGAAUUCCACCAACCAAGUCCCAGAAUAUGUAACGAAGUACGUAGAGAUCACCAAUCAAGAGCAGCGGGGCCGCUACAAGGCAGACUUCAACGCGGAGUAUGAGGAAUACAAGACGCUGCACUCGACGGUGGAGCAGGUUUCGCGGCGUUUCUCGGACCUGGAGGACAGCCUACGGAACUCGAGGGAGGGCUCUGACCAGUGGAAUCGGAUCAAGCAGCAGAUAAUGCGGGAGUACGAGGAGAACAAGCGUGACCAGCGGUACCAGCAGACUCGGCGCAAGUUCCAGUACCUGCACGACAAGCUGGCCCACAUCAAGCGCCUGGUCGUGGACUACGACUCCAGGGCGCUGCCCCUCAAGUCCUCCUAACCCUCUCUUCUGGAAAACGAACCCUUCCUUCCUUACCAACCUUCCUCGUGCAUAUUUUUUAUUUUUUCUCGGAAAUCUCCUGUGAAGACAAAUCAGUUUGCGGACUCCUGUUCCCGCGGCGGCGGCCGUGCAAUCAACGAAUCAAUCAAUCAAUCAAAAACGGGCUGGCGACCGGCGUUGCGCGUUACGGACAAUGGAAGCAGCGGUGUCGUUAGUUUUAGGUUCGAAGCUGGUUUGGGUUUGGACUAGUUUUUUUAUUUAUUUAUUUAGUUGGGCGGCGGACGUCGCGAAGGACGGACGGUUUUUUUCCGGUUGUUUCGAACCUUGCCGGUGCGCUUCCUUUGCUUUAAUUGCGUCUGGGGUUGUCGACUUGUUGGUUGUAUUGUUUGUUUGGUUGGAGGUGUUUUUGAAGAGUCCCUCCCCCUUCCUCCCCAUCUCUACCUUCUCCUAGAGUGGGGGCGUAAACAAAAUGAUUGUCACAUGUCCCUCGAAGAAUAAGCUCCUGCAACUGCCCUCUUGGAUCUAUAUUGUUGUUGUUUUCUAUCUUUUCGCGUACAUGUGUGAAAACAUGUGUGGGCUUAACUGUGGCAGGACGUGUGAGGGAAAAGUUUGACAGUAGCUGGCUUUCUUUUUGGCAGCUGUCACAUUUUUAUCCUUGCCAUUGAAUACGACGAGUCUGUCAAGGAAACUGUACUCGGUUUUAUCUUACAUUGAACAGAGGCAGACCCUACAAGCCAUCCUAGCCAGUCCGGAACGUAGAGCGUAUUGUGCGACAUUUCGUGUUUUGAGCUGUGCUGCACUUUUGCGAAACGCCACACGACACCUCUACAGCGCUGGAUCGACUUCGACGGCUUCAGGAUCUGCCGUGAUCCAUUGUAAGGCGAAAUGAAGCAUAGGUUCAAGCGUUCCUCUUCGCCGCAGUCUAAAAACAAAACAAGGACGGCGCCUUGCAUUUAAGGUGGCCGUGGCCAUACCAAAAGGCAUAUUCAGAAAAGCUUGUGAAGCAAGCCAGGGGCCCAAUUUCGGCACUCUGAUUAGCGCAUUUCCACGUAUGUCACAACGCCUAACUUGCGAGAGGAGUGGAGGGCCGAGGCUUGGGUAGGCACGCCUCAAUGUUUCACGUGCUAGCCUUUAGUCAGCUCUCAGAUUUGCUUGCACAUCAGAUAAGCAAAUCCGGGAGUCUGCUUAAGGCUAGCUCCAGCCUUUAGCCGGGCGAUUUGACAAACAUGAAAAUGCGCUAAUCAAGGUGCCGAAAUGGUUCCGUUGGCUUAUUGCAUGUGCUUUCUGGAAUGUGCUACAGGGAGCCCAGAUAAAACUGCAGGGAAAAGGCUCGGAAGGAAUGAGGGAAGCCGCGGGAACAGGACGAAGAAGACGACGAGAACUUUUGUUUUUUUACGUUACUCCAAGACACACAAUGUUUGCCGCCAUUUGUGCUUUCUCCGGGUGAGGCGAACGUUGGGCCUCACAUUCCAGCUAGAGUGGCCCCAACUUCCCUCUCUCCAUUUAUUUUUUUUUUUUUGUGUGUUUUUUGUUUUUUUUUGGAAGGGUUUUUGAGACGUUGCCCCUCCCCCCCCCCUUCCCCCGGUUUUUCCGCCACCAACUUCCGAAGACGGCGAGAAAAAAAGAAAACGACUAUGCGGAUCACUCUAUUUAUGGUGACGACCGGAACGCAGAUUAUGAUGACCACUAUCGCAACGAAGAUGAUAUGCACUUUUUCCCGUUUGCGAGCUCUUCUUGUCCGUUUUUUUUUUUUGCCCCUUUUUUGUGUGUUGUUUUUCGCUAUGCGUGUGCCUGUGUGGGUGUGUGUGCAUGCGUGCGGCAAUUUACGGUGGAUGGAUUUAACUGUGCUAUGAUGGCAGCGCCAUGUUUUUCGUUCCUUGUAUUUCUUUUUAAAGACAUUUUGUCUUGCGUCUGCUUUGAAAAGUUUCCGACAAAAACCGGUCGGGGCGUUGCAGAAAAAACGAUAAAAACCUUUGGCCAAAAUGUCGGAGGCACGCCGAACAGACUUGCGAGACGCCGGCGGCGUUUUAUGCGUCCCGCUUUUGUCUCGUCGUUUUGUUUUCUCGUUGGUUAUGUUCGCAUAUGCAAAUUGUACUCAGAUAAGCAAGAAAAAAAUCACAAAAAGGUUUACAAAUGCAAAAUGUAAAAAAAAAUGCCAUUUUUAUGGGGGCUUCAUCUUGUUUGUUUUUUUUUGCACGGCACAGCUGCAUUCUUUAGCUCGGCAAAAUCGAGCGACGGUGGGCCAGCCGUAAAGGAGUAUUACGGUCUCAAAAACGAAAAGAGAAAAAAAAAAAAAAAAAAGAAAGAAAAAAAAGUGGGUUGUUUUGAAGAGUGUCGUCUUCUGUGCGACGAGUGCGUCCACGCAGCGAGCCAGCAAAAAUGCGUCCGGUCAUCCCCGUACACGGAAGCAAAGUAUUACGCGUUGCGUUCCACGGUUUACCAAAAGAGCGACUGCGACAAAGUAAAAGACGUUAUGCCAAUCUCGAAAGUGCAAUCGGCGUAUGCAACGACAACAAAGAGAACCGAUCUGGAGCUUGGCCCUCCCCCAGUGUAACGUUAAACAGUGUUCCUCUCCCCUUAACGGACGUGUGGUACUUAAGGCGGCGUGUUUGUGUUCGUCGCCACGCCGGAGUCGGAGGCCCGUUUCGGAGUUUUUUUGCGUGUUCGUUGCGUCGCUUGCGUUUCCUUAGCGAAGCCUCCGACCCGCACACGUCUCGUGGGUGCUGAGAAAAAAACCAUGUUGUCGAUUUAAAACAAACAAAAAAAAGGACUUAUCUCAUGGGACUGUGAUGACGAGGAACGUCUCGAAAGGAGGGGCCUGCAUUUAUAAUGAGCAUGUGCGUGUGCGAGAGACGGAGGAUAGAGAGAGAGAGUGUUGCUGCCAAACGUAUUACUACACAGACGAAGAAGUGCCAUUGAAUGAAGCGAGCAGGAAAGCACCACAUGGUUAUAUUAUACGUAUGCGAAGUAUAUCGUUCCGUACGACAUGUUUAAAAUAACAAUCCGCAAACUUUGUUUGUUUUCUUCCUGCAAGCAAGCUGGCUGGGGGUGCUUCCUGCAGCCCUGCUUUUUUUUGGAUGUACGUGACAUUCAGAGAAAUAUAUCAAACCUGAGCAUUCA